AUGGCAAACACUAUAGUAACGUUUACAUAGGCUGAGAUCGAAGAAACCAUGAAGAAGCUGACAGACUCAGAUUCUAUACUGGGAUAUGCUAUAUACAGCCCAGAGGCAAUCCCUUAUAAGCAUAAAAAAAUCGAAUAUGCCCAGGUCGUGCAGUAUGGAGCGCUCAUUUAUGAUCUCUUGUUAAGGACUAAGACUAACAUUAGGAGAUUAGAGCUGCAGCCUCAAGAUACUGAACUACAAACCAUCCGUAUAAGGACUUCAAAGGAUACUGAGCUUAUUAUUAGCAAUGUCAGCGACUAUUUUAUGUUAGUCAUCCAGCAGUGUGAAGGAAAAAAUAAGAAAUCAUUGGAAGAUGAAAAAGAAGAAGUUAAAGAAGCUUAA